AUGCUAAUUCGUAAUCCCAUAAUUGGUAGGCAGCCCUUAGAUAGUUACAUGAUGCGUCAGUACGAUAGGCAAAUGGUGAUUGACAAAUGUACCAAAUUCAGUGAUGCCGAGAGUCACAGGAAGAUUAGGAUGAAACGUAGUUUAUUCAAGAAGCUAUGUGACCUUUUAGUUUCGGAUGGUGGGUUGAAAAGGACCCGAAACGCUGAAGUAGAUGAAAUGGUUCUCAUCUUUCUAUUGGCUAUAUCACAUAACAACAAAAUGCUUAGUUUAGCAGUGGAUUUUCGCCGCUCUUCUGAGACGAUUUAUAGGUUGUUUCACCGAGUCUUACGGGCAAUUCUAAGACUCAACAACCAGCUUAUGAAGAAACUCGAACCCAUUCGCGCUGAUUCAACCGAUAACAGAUGGAAAUACUUCAAGAAUUGUUUGGGAGAUCUUGACGGAACUCACAUUAACGUUCGACCCUUGAAGGAAGAGCGAACUAAGUAUCGAGAUCGGUCUGGUCAUCUCUCCAUUAAUUGUUUGGGUGUUUGUACCCCAAAGUUAGAGUUCAUAUAUUGUUUAGCUGGAUGGGAAGGGUCAGCUCAUGAUGCGAGGGUGUUGAGAGAUGCAUUAAACAGGCCGAAUGGCCUAGUUGUGCCAGAAGGUAAUAGUUUCAAAAACAAAAACCUACAUGGCAUAUAG